AUGAUACAUACGAACAAUGCUGCUGUUAUUUCCUUACUGAAGGAUGAUGCUUGCUUUAUCCAAGAAUUAUUCUCUAGGAUGGGAUCACCAAAUAUUUCUAUGGAAUCAAAAAGAGAAUUGGUGAGACAUUCUCUUAUCUUUUCUUAUACGAGUUUAUGGCUUCAUCACAUGAAGUAUCUUUUUCAUUAUCAUAUCUGUUUAUUGUUAUACGAGCUUAUGGCUUCAUCACAUGAGGUAUCCUUUUCAUUAUCAGAUCUGUUUAUUGAUAGACAUUAUUAUCAAUUCCUUCGCAUUGUGUCAUUGCUACAAAGGAAUUUAGUUUGGGUACUGUAA